UAGACGCAAGUACUGCCAUGUGGGCCCCGCAUGGAGAUACGCUCUCUUUUAAACUCGGAUCAUUCGAAGCCUCGGAAAAAACGAGCACUCGCGGAAGCAGAGAGAGAGAGAGAGAGAGAGAGAGAGAGAGAGAGAGAGAUGGAGAUGGAGAUGGAGGUGGAGGUGGAGCUCACCUGGAUGGCGCUGUUCCAGCGGCGAGUGGUCAUGGCGGACGCGCACUGCCACAAACUCCACGGGCUUCUGCGCGGGCUGUUCGGUGUCCUCGACGGGCAGGCGUGGCGCGAGAUGGUGGCCGUGGCGGAGGAGACGCGGCGCAUGCUGGAGUCCGCCUCGACGGAGCUCGGCCUCGCCAUCGCCAACAUGGGCGCGGCCACCCUCCUCGCGCCCGGCGGCGAAGCGCCCAGAGCGUGGGCGCCGGCGGUGCCGCUCCGCUCCGUCGACGACGGCGGCAUCGACGUCCCCCGCGUGUGGCUCGUCCACUUCCGGCUCCAGGUGGCCGCCGAGACCGCCAGGCGUUUGCACGACCGGUUGGAGGCCACCCGCGUCCACGUGUGCGCCGCCGAGCACCUGGUGGCGCUGGAAGAGGACGACGACGGCGGCGAUGACGAUAUGGCUCCGUGGAUGCAUGGCCUCUCCGCCUCCGAGCAAAUCGACGGCCUCAUGGAACUCAGAGAGACGCUCAACCUGGCGGUGGACCUCGUUGCCAUGACCGCCAUGGCGCGGGAGGAGGUGUUCUGAUUAGGGCGGCGUCAAUUGAAUUGAGAUCUCCGGUGAUCGAUCUGGUCAAUCUGUCUGCUGCAGGAUUGGAUUGUUCGCUUGAUCGCUUCAUCACUAGUUGGUCGGUUGGUGUCGGUUUUUCUUUCGUUUCCUGUAGCUGUGAUCUCGGCUGCCUGACAGCCUGAGGCCCUUGUGCUUCUGAAACUUCUGAUCAAUUUGAUGAUUCGAACCUGACAUGAGAUUGACCUCCUUGCUGUUAGUGCGAUCAUUCAAAAUGUUCGAUCGAUUUUGAUUGUCUCGUCAAUGUGCAUAAUCGAUCUGCUCGAGUACCCAGUACCCUUUGUUUAGCCCUUGUUUGUUUUGUUACUUUGCCUUCCUGGUGAAUGGAUUUGCAUAGUGUAAAAACGCUUGAAAUCGCAUCCCGUUGACAACAGAAUAACUGUAACAGCAUGCUGUUACUAUGCUACAGCAUUCUUAUGAUUGCCAUGAAAAUUGGAUGAUUUUUUAAUGCACGGAAUCCAUCUAAGUCCCAACCUGAUUGGACCAAAAUCAUCAAAACUGCCCAAAAUUAACAGCGUC